CCGCCUUUUCCCCCUCCUCCGGGGCUGUCCCCGCCCGCCCCUCUCGUCUGCGCUUCUGCUGCUUUGCUGAAGGCGGAGGCUCCAUGUUGUCCCCUCAGCGAAUGGCAGCGGCGGCGUCGAGAGGAGCAGGUGAUGCCAUGGAGAGUGGAAAACCUGGUCCAGUGCAGGUGGUUUUGGUGCACAAAGAGCAGCAUUCCUUUGAGCUAGAAGAAAAAGCCUUGGCUAGCAUCCUCCUGCAGGACCACAUCCGAGAUCUUGAUGUGGUGGUAGUGUCUGUGGCUGGCGCCUUCCGCAAGGGCAAGUCAUUCAUCCUGGACUUCAUGCUGCGGUACUUAUACUCUCAGAAAGAAAGUGGUCAUUCAAAUUGGUUGGGUGACCCAGAAGAACCAUUGACAGGAUUUUCAUGGCGAGGAGGCUCUGACCCGGAAACCACUGGAAUUCAGAUCUGGAGUGAAGUUUUCAUGGUGGAGAAGCCAGGUGGGAAGAAGGUUGCAGUUGUUCUGAUGGAUACGCAGGGGGCAUUUGACAGCCAGUCAACUGUGAAAGACUGUGCUACCAUCUUUGCUCUAAGUACCAUGACUAGUUCUGUUCAGAUUUACAAUUUGUCUCAGAACAUUCAGGAAGAUGAUCUUCAGCAGCUACAGCUCUUCACAGAAUAUGGUCGUCUGGCAAUGGAUGAAAUCUUCCAAAAACCUUUCCAGACACUCAUGUUUUUGGUUCGAGACUGGAGUUUCCCUUAUGAAUACAGCUACGGACUGAAAGGAGGAAUGGCGUUUUUGGAUAAGCGUUUACAGGUGAAGGAACAUCAGCAUGAAGAAAUUCAGAAUGUUCGAAAUCACAUUCACUCUUGUUUCUCUGAUGUCACCUGUUUUCUCUUACCACAUCCAGGACUUCAGGUGGCAACAAGUCCGGACUUUGAUGGGAAAUUGAAAGAUAUUGCUAGUGACUUCAAAGAGCAGUUGCAAGCACUGAUACCUUAUGUGUUAAACCCAUCUAAGCUAAUGGAAAAGGAGAUCAAUGGCUCAAAAGUCACCUGCCGGGGACUGUUGGAGUAUUUUAAGGCAUAUAUUAAAAUUUACCAAGGAGAAGAUCUGCCUCACCCCAAAUCUAUGCUUCAGGCCACUGCUGAAGCCAAUAAUCUGGCUGCUGCAGCCUCUGCCAAGGACGUUUAUUACAACAACAUGGAAGAGGUUUGUGGGGGAGAGAAACCUUAUUUGUCUCCAGAUAUUUUAGAGGAGAAGCACUGUGAAUUCAAGCAACUUGCCCUGAACCAAUUUAAGAAGACUAAGAAGAUGGGUGGGAAGGAUUUCAGCCUUCGUUACCAGCAAGAGCUGGAGGAGGAGAUCCAGGAAUUGUUUGAGAACUUCUGCAAACACAACGGUAGCAAGAAUGUCUUCAGCACCUUCCGAACCCCGGCGGUUCUCUUCACAGGCAUAGCAGCUUUGUACAUCGCCUCAGGCCUUACUGGCUUCAUUGGUCUCGAGGUUGUGGCUCAGCUGUUCAACUGUAUGGUUGGGCUGCUGUUAAUAGCGCUCCUUACCUGGGGGUACAUCAGGUAUUCCGGUCAGUAUCGUGAGCUGGGUGGAGCUAUUGACCUUGGCGCAGCUUAUGUGUUAGAGCAGGCUUCUUCGCAUAUUAGUAACUCUACUCAGGCUGCUGUGAGGGAUGCAGUUGCUGCUGGUAGAUCACCUGCGGAUAAAAAAGCUGAAUAGCAUCUGAAUGGGAGGAUCCAACAAGAGCCCAACUGGCCCCUGGAUUUCUGCUCCUGCCACUGUGGUCCAGUUCCAAAGGAAUGACAGACCUGAGCCCAUCUGGGAAGAACUGAAACGGGCACUGUAAUAAAUGAGCUGACCUCUUCCUGGCUUUCAAAUUCCAUUUCUCUUGGAAGCAGUCAUUUUUCUUGCUGUUAUAGAUUUGAGACUUUGUCUGUUUUCUUGUUACGCUGCUUUGUGCACUUUAUUGUGGGGUGGGGGGAGGGUGAAAGGAAAACAUGGAAAUGCAGCUUUGAAGCUUUUUGUGCCACAUAGUGCCUUUUCAGGUCAAAUCCAUGCCUUUGCAGACAUGAGGGUGAGGAACGGAGGACUGCCUCAUGAAAUAGGCUGUUUUGGAAUGAAGUGUCAGUUUUGCUCCUUAUGAGGAUUUGUUUUUAAAGUUUAGAAAACUUGGAAAAGGUUCCGAACUGAAGACUUAAUGAAAUGAUGCUGUCACUGUUAUUACCAUUAUUGGUGAUUGAACCAUACUAAGCAAGCACUCUACCAUUGAGCUGUAUCCCCAGCCCUUUGCUUUUCCUUUUGAGACAUGGUCUCAGGUCUUUAAUUUACUCUGGCCAGGGUUGACCACGAAGCUUUGAUUUCCCCUGUCUCGUUCUCUUGCGUGGCUGGUGUUAAGGCCUGUACCACCAGUCCUUGCUUCAAAUCUUAUUUGUAAUAUUAGAAUUCUGCUUGCUAUGAAGUAUGGAAAAAUUAGAUCAUUUAUAUUACAGAAUUUAAAGUCUUUUUCCUAAUAGGCUGACAGUUGUUUUGAACUUGCUUUUUAAAAUAUUCCUAUCUAUAGCUUCUUUCUAGAAAAAGAGGCAGAAAUGCCUUAAAAAUCCAGAGUGACUCAUAAUAAAAGGAAUGAGCUACUUUCUGAAAAAAAUUGCAAUUUAAGGGACCCAUUUGACCCUUGAUAAGUCACUUAAACCUGUGUCUUGAUGAGAGUCACUGUAACUUUAUGUAUGUAUAUAAAGCACAUGUCAGUCUUACACUCAUAAAUUUGGUGUCAUAAAGGAUUAGAGAAAAGACAUUACUAAAUAUUACUACCUUUAAUUAAUAUAUUAUUUUAUGUGGCCUAGCAGUAAUACCAAAUGGGUCUAGGGUCUUCACCCAAACUGUGUAUUUUUAUUCUUUGCAUGGUCUAAAGUUUAUAAUAUCAAAGCUAAAAUUGUUAAUUUUAGGCUCUUUUUCCUUA